AUGAAUUAUACUCCAAAAGCCUACUGUAUACAUUGUUUUGCUCAUCAACUUCAACUAGCACUAGUUGCCGUUACUAAAAGGAAUGAUAGUUGUGGUUGGCUUUUUGAAAUACUUUCAAACUUGUUUAAUGUUGUUGGAGUUUCUUUCAAGAGAAGAGAAAUGAUUCGUAAUAUUCAAGCUCAAGAAGUUACUCAAGCAUUGGAAGUGGGGGAAAAUUUCAGUGGAUCAGGUUUGGAUCAAGAGUGUUACACUAAUGAUUUGUGUAUUGCUUUGCAAAUAAGGGAGCAAGAUAUUGUAAAUGCCAUGGAACUAGUUACUUUCACAAAAAGUGUGUUGCAAAAAAUGAGGGAACAAGGGUGGGAGACUCUCUUAUACAAAGUUACUUUAUUUUGCACUAAACAUGGCAUUGAUGUUCCCACUAUGGAUGCUAGGAGAUCACGACGCUUUGUCGAAAAGGCAACAAAUCUACAUCAUUUUCGAGUUAAAAUAUUUUUGGGGGUGAUUGAUUUGCAUCUUCAAGAGCUCGAUAAUCGAUUCAGUGAGAGAAGCAUGGAGUUACUUGCUUGUAUGUCUUGCUUAAGUUCUAAAGAUAACUUCUCAUCUUUUGACAAAGAAAAGGUACUCAAACUUGCCUCUUUUUAUCCCGAAGAAUUUUCAAGUUUUGAUUUGAUGACACUUGAAGGUCAACUUGAUAUAUUCAUGGAUUAUGCACAAUGA